GUUGUGAUGGGUUAGGAUGUGAAGGUUGUUUGGCGUCUGUUUGUUUAAAAAAAUAAACAAAAAAUAUUUAAAAAAUGUUCACGGAAUAAUUUUACAAUUAAGCUAAAACCAUGGCUCUUAGUUUAUUUAGUGAGAAAAUUGAGGACUAUGAGGUGCAUAAUAUGCUUGGGAAGGGUGGAUUUGCUACUGUAUACCAUGCAACAUGUUUAAAAAGUGGAGUAGAAGUUGCGAUUAAAAUGAUUGACAAAAAGUUAAUGCAGUCCACUGGAAUGGUACACCGUGUCAGACAAGAAGUUACUAUUCAUUCAAGAUUGAAACAUCCAUCUAUUUUAGAACUGUUCACUUUCUUUGAGGACGUUAAUUUUGUAUAUUUAAUUUUGGAACUUUGUCAUAAUGGAGAGUUGCAACAAUAUUUGAAAAAGAACAACGAGGUGUUAUCUGAACCAGAAGCCAGCCAUAUCAUGAAGCAGAUAAUCGAAGGAAUCCAGUAUUUGCACUCACACAACAUAUUGCACCGGGAUAUAUCAUUGUCCAAUUUGUUAUUUACAAAAAAUAUGCAAAUAAAAAUAGCAGACUUUGGCCUGGCAACUCAACUAUCAAGACCUGAUGAGAAACAUCUUACAUUGUGUGGUACUCCAAAUUUUAUUUCUCCCGAAGUUGCAUCUCGCACUCAGCAUGGAUUGGAGGCUGAUGUAUGGGGUUUAGGAUGCUUGUUAUACACAUUGCUAGUGGGGACACCACCAUUUGAAGAUCAUGCUAUUCGUAGCACCUUAAAUCGAGUUGUAACAGCAAAUUAUAGGCUACCAAAUUUUCUCUCCGCGGAAGUAAAAGAUCUUAUUAACUCUUUGUUGCAAAAGAAUCCCAAAGAUCGAAUUAAAUUGGAUAUGAUAUUGGAACAUCCAUUUAUAAAACGAUAUGAUAAUUCAAAUGGAACGUCCAGUUCAAGACUAACACAAGAUAGUGGCAUUCAUACAAUGUCUAGUAGGAGAGAUAGCGCAUUUAGUGAUAGCGCCAUACAGAAGAGUUAUCCAUCAAAUGUGAUUUUGCGGAGCAAUAGCGAUUGCUCACCAUACAUUGGGCAUUUUUCUGAAUGCUCAAAUAAAAGCACAGAUCAUGGAAGAGCUGUUUUACAAUGUCAAGGACCAAUUGACCAAAGCUGUCAUUCACAUUUUUCAUCAUGUUGCAAAUCUAAAUCUAACCAUGUGUCAAUGGAAUGUGCAGGUCAUGGUCAUAGUUGCUGUAGUAACCCUUGCCAUUUGGUAAAUGGACAGAACAAUCCUCAUUUUCCUUCUUCAUCUUGUUCUUUAAGAACCUCUAAUUCGUGCCAUUGUGAGGCAAAUGAAGAUUACUGUAAAGAGAAAAUAAAAUUUUUAAAAGAACACCCUCCGGACAACUUGAUGCAAUUUCAAAAAUCAAAACAGAAAGAUUUUUCUAGAUUAUGUUCUUCCCGAUUAUUCCCCACUAGGCAUCAAACAAAAAAAUGUAUUUUAAGUAUACUAGAAACGGGUGAGGUAUGCGUUGAGUUUUUAUUAACAUAUGGAUCGAAGAAAAAGGAGUUAGUGCGUGAAGUAUUAAGAAUAUCUCCUGAUGGUUCUAAUAUAUAUGUAUAUGAACCACAAGGUGGAAAAGUUCCACCAACUAGUGAACCGCCGUUUUUACCAAGUGAUGGUAAUUAUUACGCAUAUGAUUUUGAAAAAUUGCCAGAAGUCCAUUGGAAAAAGUAUCUCUAUGCCUCACGAUUUGUGGAUCUUGUUAAAGCAAAGACUCCUAAGGUCACUUAUUACAGCUCUAAAGCUAAGUGUUUUCUUAUGGAGAACUUGAAGGACUUUGAGAUCAUGUUUUAUAAUGCCAUUUCAGGAGCAAAAGUAGCACAACACACGACCGAUGAUGUGUCAGUUAUUACUAUAACCGACGAAAAUGGAAUAUGUAGGAAACUGCAGGCAGUUGGUGAAUGUAAUACAUUGCCAAAAUCUUUAUACGAUUUGUGGAUCUGUGCUCAAGAACUUAAAAUGCAUUGUAUUCAGAUAGAAAGUAAUAUGAACCAGUUGCCAGGUGAAAAUUUUCCAUUAAUUGUCGGGCGCCGACCUAAUACUUCACUUUCUAAUAAGGAAAAUCAAUUUAAUACGCUGCCAUCAUUCAGUGUGUCGAUGGCUAGCACAGCUGCCCAAUCUACUGUUACCAAUAGUUCUCAUACAAGGGACAAACAAAUGACAGUCUCUGGUGUGGGUAUCGCCAAACAAUUACCCGACGGAAGAUUAUAUGUGCAAUGUUUUGAUGGAGAACAAAUAUGGAUCGAUGACAAACACAGAAUACGUUAUAAAUAUGGCGAUGGUCGUGUUGUUAGUUACUUGUAUGAUAGUCUUCCGGACAAGGUGUUGGAAAAAUUCAGAGAAAUAAAUAAAGUUCUGUAUAGCAUUUUUCCAAAAAGUAAGAUGCGAUCAUUACGGUAAUAUUAGUAAUGAUGUUAUACCCAACAGUAGCUUUAUUGUAUAUUGUUAUAUAUUCUAAAAGUGAAUUAUUGAAGUAUUUAAUAAAUUAUUAUACACAUGUAUAUUGUACUUGCAAUCAGUAUUUGUAGUAAGUAAAUAAUAUAUUAUGUC